AUGAGGUGCACUCAUAGAAUAAAUGAGAUUUUACACGCUAUUGUGCGCAUAUUUAAACAUUCUGUCGAUGAAUUGAAAAGCAUCGUGGAUUUCAACGAAUUCGGUCCUUUGAGAAAUUUCCAAUCGCCCAAUCACUUCUCCGGAGUGCAGAGUAAAAGGCCAGCCAAGCAUUACGUGAGGUUCGGCAAAAGAUACGACAACGAGCAUCUGGAGAAUGUUGAGGACCAUGCUAAUUCUGAAAUUGCUCCAGAUUUUUUUGAUAAAAAUUAUUUGAGAUAUUUGCAAAAAACAUUGAGAAGCAAGAAAAAUUUUGUACGCUUUGGAAGAAAAGGCACUGUAGACGAUGAAUGGCAGCAGGAGCGUGACGGUAGUAGUAGCAGCAAAAAUGACGAGGGCGACGUUGAGGCCGGUGGUCUUCACCCUGCGCCAGAUAAAAAGGAAUUUGUUCGGUUUGGUAGGUUUUCAAAUGAUUUAAUAAGAUUUGGUUGA